AUGCCAUACGUUGCAGAGCCGUGGUCGUUUGACGACGUCUUAAAACUCACCAAAGUCAGCUCCGCCUACUGGAGAGCUACGUUCAAUGCUCCGCCAUUGAACCUCUUUACGCCGCGAACCUAUGCUGCCUUGCGUACGCUCGUCGAGCUCCUCGAAAAUGACGGAGCUGUCAAGGUCAUCGUCUUUGAUAGCUCAGUCGAAGAUUAUUUCAUCGCCCAUUGGGACUUAACGGCUGGUGAAGACAAGCCAGAAGACGAAGAGACUGCUCCCAUCUUUGACUGGGCCAACUUUGUGCUUCGUCUUGCACGUCUCCCUGUAGUCAGCAUUGCCGAGGUUCGCGGACGCACUCGUGGCCAUGGCAGCGAAUUCGUUCUGGCAUGCGACAUGCGCUUUGGUAGCAUUGAAAAGGCAAUCUUUGCGCAGCCCGAGGCCGCUGCUGGCGUUCAUUGCGGUGGUGGAGGAAUCGAGUGGCUGCCUCGCCUGGUAAACCGCUCGCGAGCCUUGGAGAUUCUCCUUGGGGGUGAGGAUUUCGACGCCACGACUGCUGCUCAGUACGGAUACAUCAACCGUGCCAUCAAGGACUCGGAGUUGUCUGCCUUUGUGGACAAUUUUGCGCGCCGGAUAGCUGGGUUUGAUCGCAAGCCUCUGCUGGAAACUAAGCGUGCCGUUAACGAUCGUGCUGGGCUGCCUCGAUUGACGGAUCUUCUUUCGUCAAUGCAAGACUUUGUUCGAUCUUGUACUUGGCCUGAGACUAUGAAGCGAAUGAAGACUCUCUUUGAGAUGGGUAUCCAGCAGGUUGGUCCCGUGGAAAAAGAUAUGGGACGUCAUCUUCAUGAAGCUUCAAUCAAGAUGUAUGGAAAGACUGAAGAUGCACAGUGA